ACGUGAGGGUAGGAUAACUCUUGACGCAGAUCUACUUUGCCAUUGAUACUCUCCCGGGUCACACUUUCAGACUGAAUCAUGGCAUCUCUAUCGCUAAGACAGUUCCUCGAGUAUAUCCGAGCCUUCAAUGCUAAAGUCUACCAGAAACAGCACUCCUUCUACCAUCCAGAUGUCCGUCUUGUCAUUCCCGACCCGGAGGUGGGAACCCUCGUGGGGUCCGCAGGCAUCAUGAAUCACUAUGCUGUACUUCAUGCCACUGCGGAGGAGACUGUCGUUCCCAUGCUGGUUAUGAUUGACCAAGGGCACAUUUUCUUCGUGAUGGAGACAUAUUUCCGCUACGUCCAGGCCACAGACCAUGCUGUCCACGGCCACAAGGCACAAGCCGGAGACGUGAUCAAAGUCACCGUGUGGGCACUGUACGACAUGGACGGUGGAAAGAUGAAGCAUAUAACUUGCAACGGGUUCAAUCAUGAGUUUCUUGGCAAGGUGGAUGUGAAUCAGCGGAUCCACGAGAGCUGGAGUCGAGCAGACAGUACGGUCAAGCGUUGCUGGGGUUCUGCUUCGCUGCUCUAGAAAGUAUCCGUACCCGGACUAACUGAUGGGACAUGAUAAUUUCAUAUAUCAUCCAUCCUCAUAUUG